GGAGAUGCAGUAUGAUGAUUGUUGGAUCGAGUAUGAGUCAAUCCGAUGAUUGUUGACUUUUUAGUUGGCUUUUUUUCUGUUCAGCUUUUCAGUUAGGAUGGAUGGCGCAGUUCAGCUGAAGCCUUCAGCUGAAAAGAUCUGAGAUCAUGGCGAUCCACAGUCUCCACCCACAGCCCGCUGUUUGUUUAGCUUCCAAGUUGUAUGUUUUUCUUUUUUUAUAAAUUCGAGCAGAUCUGCUCUUUUUCCAUUUUGUUUCUAUUCUUCUUUCAUUCGCUCUUCUUCCCCUCUCCACUCCCCUCUUCCUUCAACCAAGACGGGGAAAGCACCACCAUCACCAUCACCAUAACCCCACCUUAUAUAUAUAUCCCGCUGCAGAUCAUCCAACAUGGCCACCAGCGCUCUCCCCCAAACCCUGAAAUCCAUCACCGCCACCAAGAUCGACGAGCUCUCCAAGCAGCGCAAAAUCUUCGAAAAGCGCAAGCAAGAAAUCACCACCAAAGCUGCCAAUGCAGCGGAUCUUCGCUCAAAAGCCCAGGUUCUCCUCGAAGGCGUCACCGCUUUAAAAGGCGAUCCCAACGACGCCUUUGACAAAGAGAACCUCGACGAUGAGGAAGAGUCCUCGAAUACUUUUGUCGCGGACUGCUCUGAGCGCGCUGCACAUGUCAACAUCCGCCGGUUCCUGCUGCAGAGUCGGUAUGACUCGUCUGUUUCGGAGAGGAGUUUGAAGGAGUGGGUAAGGCAGUUGGAGCAGGAGUUGAGGUUUUUGGAGAUGAAGCAUGAGCAUGCUUCAUUUUAUAGCGACUUGGUGACGGAGUGGUUAGGGGCGUUUGAUGAUGACGCUGUGUCGGAGGAUAGCCCGGAGCAGGUUGGUCGUGCUGAGAUGCACGAACAACGCGAGACGUGGGAGAAGCUCGUGUUUUCUCCGGCGGAUGUGGAUGCAGAUACCAUCAAGGGAUAUCUGGAUGGUCUGUUUGCGAAGACGACUCUAUCGCAGCAGGCGCUCAAGGAAUUACGGGAGAAGAUCAAGUCGGUCGACACCGAAUUUGCCGCGCAACGGGACUGGAUCAGCGUCGAGGAUCUCGAGUGGGUGAGCAAGGCGCUGUUGAAGUCGGAUGUUCUCACCAAGGAGAAGACGGUGAUCCUGAAAGAGUUCACCCGGAACACGGACGUCGCGCAGGAGGUUGUAGACGUGCUGAACAUGCGUCUGGCUUCGUUGGACAACUGGGGAUGGGAUCCUGAGGGUAUUCCCGUGGAGAUGCGUCGCCAGCUGAACGGCAAGUACCGUGUCUUCAUGGAUGAGGAUCUGCUUGAUGGCCUGAUGUUCCAGUAUAUUGGCCUCAAUUGGGCGGUUUCCUUCCGGUCUGCGUUUGUGGACUUCCUCAACAGUCGUGCCUGGUCGCCUCUGCGUGAGAAUAUUCCCAAGCGCGACAAGGACCGUCGCAACUACUACCUGGACGAUAACAAGCUGUCAGGAUCAAGCACCGUGAACGGACAUCGACAGAAAGUGUACAAGAAGGACUACUUCAUGACCCAGUUGCCUUCGUCGGUGAAGGAGGGUAUCCGUGAGUACGACGCCGACAACAAUGCUGAUGAUGCCGAUGGUGAAGAGGCCCGUAUGAACCCCUUGGAAACGAAGCACUCCCUUCUUCAUCUCCUCAUCACCGAAUCCCUCAUCCACACGGCCCAGCAUGGCCAAUUCACCGCUGUCCGGUCCGACUUUGAGUACUUUGGUCCGUCUCUUCCGCAUACCACUAUUCUGACUGUACUGGCCUACUUUGGUGUCCCCGAGAAGUGGCUCAACUUCUUCAAGACAUUCUUACAGACCCCCCUGAAGUUCGCCCAGGAUGGCCCCAAUGCUGCAGUCCAAACACGCCAGCGUGGAAUCCCCAUGAGCCACACGCUCUCGGAAUGCUUCGGAGAGGCUGUCCUCUUCUGUAUGGACUACGCAGUAAACCAGGGCACCAACGGCGCGUUCUUAUACCGUCUCCACGAUGACUUUUGGUUCUGGGGCCACGGCGAAACGUGUGGUAAGGCCUGGACCACCAUGACGGAAUUCGCCAAGGUGAUGGGCCUCCGUUUCAACGAGGAGAAGACCGGAACUGUGCGACUGGGACAGAAGGAUAAGGGUAAAACCGAUUCUGACAUCCUCCCCAAUGGUGAGAUCCGCUGGGGCUUCUUGAAGCUUGACUCCGAGGCGGGCCGAUUUGUCAUCGACCAGGAACAAGUCGAUACUCAUAUCAAGGAGCUCGAACACCAGCUCUCUUCAUGCCACAGUACCUUUGCCUGGGUGCAGGCGUGGAACAGCUACUUCGCGCGUUUCUUCACCAACAACUUUUCUAAACCUGCCAUAUGCUUUGGACGGGACCACAUCGACAUGGCUAUCUCGACUCUCAGCCGUAUCGAGAGUACCCUCUUCUCCAGCAGCACCAAGAGCAGCAACGGCGUCACCGACUACCUUCGCAAGGUGAUUGCAGACAAGUUCAAUGUCCACGACCUGCCCGAGGGAUUCUUCUACUUCCCCGUGGAACUCGGCGGUUUGCAACUCAUUAACCCGUACAUUUCCCUCCUGUCCAUGCGCGAGAACAUCAAGCAGACCCCCAAGAGGAUACUCCAGAAGGCCGCAAUCCAGGACGAAAUCAAGUACCACGCGGCCAAGGAGAACUUCGAGAAAUACGGGGCCAGCCAACCCAGCGCAAUCGAUGAUUCGGACGAUGACCUGUCCGAGUUCAUGUCGCUGGAGGAGUUCACACGGUACUCGGAAUCUACUAGCGCGGCGCUCCUCGACGCGUACACGGAUCUUAUCAAGAUUCCGGAUGAGACUAUCAUCGACCAGACCGCGGCUUUCCGGGGCAAUCAGCUGGUGAUGGAUGACAAGGCUGUCAAGCUGAUCUCAUCUGAUUGGUGCGAUAUGUCGCCGUACUGGAAGUGGACGGCCGAGUUGUACCACGACGAGAUGGUCAAGCGGUAUGGUGGUCUGGCAGCGGUGAAUCGUGAAUUCAUGCCGCUGGGAGUUGUCAAGACAUUGAAGGAAGGGAAGUUCAGAUGGCAGGCUUAGUUGGGAUACAUGAUAUGCUCCUUCUCGGGUAGAAAAUAGUUUUAUGAUACCAAUAUGCCAAUAUAUUAAUAUGUUCAUUUAUAU